AAGAUGAAACAGAAGGAAAGGGGGAAAGAAAGAAAAGGAAAAAAAGAGAAGGGGGAAUCAGGGAUGAAGAAGGGAAGGAGAGGGAGAAGAGCGCGCCGUUGUUAUGCCCUGCCCGCCUGUCGCCGCCGUUCCGUGGAGCAGCCGCCAUCGUCGCGUGAACCGGAGGGUGUGGAGACGGAGAAGAGUGCGCGCGAGAGAGGAGAAGUAGCCACCAUCGUCGAAGACUCCAUCACCGCCGCUGAAGGUCCUGACCGUCGAGCUCGUCGUCGACGUCGCACCUCCCAUCACUGCCGCCACUGAGGAGCUCGAAGAGAGAGAAAGGGUUCGCGCAGAGAGAGAAACACGAUGAGGGAGGAGGAGGUUGCCUCUGUUGCUGCCAAGCCGUCAUUGGUGGGGCUGGGUUCGCCAUCGCCGUUGAGCUGUGUGCCGCCGUUGGUGUCUGGAUCGCCACUCUGUUUCUGCUACAACUCGCCACUGUCCUAAUCCUCUGCUGGUGAAGGCUGCCAGAGGAGAACCUGUUAGUCGGCCAUCAGCAUGGAUGAUGCGCUAGGCGGGAAGCCUUGGAAUGCCAUUAGGCCUAAUGGAGUGAUCAUUUUCUCUGACAUCCUUACGCCUCUUCCUGCAUUUGGGGUCGAAUUCAACAUUGAAGACGUAAGGGGUCCUGUUAUUCAGUCCCCAAUACGUUCUGAGGAGGGACUAAAGGCUCUGCAUCCAAUUGACCUGGAAAAUCUCAGUUUUGUUGGAGAUUCACUCAAGAUACUACGCAAGGAGGUUGGUGGUGAUGCUUCCGUUUUAGGUUUCGUGGGAGAACCUUGGACAAUAGCAACAUAUAUAGUGGAAGGGGGUACAACACCCACCUAUACAACCAUUAAGAGUAUGUGCCAUACAGCACCACAUUUAUUGCGGACUCUGCUCUCUCAUUUGUCGCAAGCAAUAGCAGAUUAUGUUGUUUUCCAAGUGGAGUCUGGGGCUCACUGCAUACAAAUAUUUGAUUCAUGGGGUGGACAACUACCACCUGAUAUGUGGGAACGCUGGUCAAAGCCUUAUAUCAAAGAGAUUGUAGAUUUGGUCAAGAAAAGAUGCCCUGAGACACCGAUUGUUCUUUAUAUAAAUGGAAAUGGUGGCCUUCUUGAGCGUAUGAAAGAUACUGGAGUUGAUGUUAUUGGGCUGGACUGGACUGUGGAUAUGGCAGAUCGAAGAUCAGAUUUAAGAUUCUUUCUAGUUCUUUAUGUGGAGCAGUUGCCAUUGAAGCCAAGAGAGUCCACUCAAGCUGAGUUACCACACCAACUUUGUUGAAGAAAAAUAAAAAAAUUGCCACCCUUAGGUUAUAGUAUUAUAGUAUUUUGAAAAAUGAUGAUGAUAUAAGUAAAAGUAGUUAUGACC